AUGUCUGUUUCAGCGUCGUCCAUUUAUAGAACUAGUACAAAUGUGUCGCAGGCUGCACGGAAAGACCUCCUGCUAAUGGGAAGAGAAAUAGAGGAAUUGAAAAGGAUAUGGGAUUUAUUAGGGUUAGUGAAACACAUAGGAAAACGCGCUAACAAUUAUGACCCUUCUGUAAAAGAGGAUGAUACCUAUGAAGGGCAAAGAAUAGCCAAUGCACUUGGAGACUAUUUCGAUGUACCUGUGACUGAGUACCAUGUCCACAAUUUGCAAGCUUUUCAUCUUCGACUUUGUUCUCAUAUUAUGGAACGAGAGCAAAUUCAGUAUUCGCAAGCUUCUUAUUCGAUGCCUGAAAUGCUAGAGAAUAUUAGUGUUGAUUACCAAGUCACUGCUAUUAUUCAACUUUUGACUGCUGUUAUAUACUUUUACAGUGUCAACAAAGUCGUUCCAAUGUCACUUUUGACUACGUGGGGCAAAAGAAACUCAAGGAUAUGGGAUUUUGAACAGAAAAAAUAUAAUGUGUUCGGAGAAAGUCUAUUGGCAUCAAUUUCCGACGUCUUAUCUAAAAGCUUAUUUACAGUAGAAAGUGAGCAGGUCUUCAUACGGUUUUAUACAAAAUUGACUACUUUUCUUUCUGCUCAAGUUCCCGAUCCUAUUGUUGAUGUCCCUUUGUCAGGAACAUUCGUGUCUACUUCAAGCGCCGCAUCUUAUAAAUCAUCUCGUGCAUCUUCAAACUAUCAACAAGAUGAAGUAUCAAUCUUUUCUAGCGACCAUACUGGACUAGAGUCGACCUUGAGGUCCAACGAUUCGGUCUUGGAAAAUAAUGUUGUAGAUAUCGAGGAUAUAAAUGAAGAAGAGGAGAAUAUCGCAGAAGACUCUUCAAAUGAUUCUAGUGACGAUUUAAACAUAUUCAAAAUGCCGGAUGUGAUAUCCAAACCUAAGAAAGAAAGGUACAUUGCUAGAUUAAAAAAUUAUAAAUUGAGAAAUAACGUGGAGAGAAGAAGUUCUACUCGUUUGGUUCCCUCUUUGUCUCAUAGAUAA